AUGCUAAGGCCAGAAAUACUCAAUGCUCAAUUUCAGUUGUGUGCUUUUCGGGAGCUUCAGGCUUCUAUCACCGAUCGUUUGGUGGAAUCAGAGAGGCUGGUGUUCCAGGAGGAGGCACUGAGCACACUCCGUAACCUGCUAACCCAAGACCUGCAGAGGGCAGACAAAGAGGAAAUCUUCACUAACAGAGCGAGCGACCGCAGCAUGCAGGGAAAGAACGAGACAGAACAAGAAAACAACAUGCAGGCAUCUGAGUCCUCUUCCUACCAUUCGCCACUUAAUUCUCACCAAACCACCAACAAAGAGGAAGCAGAGCAGGGCAGGAGAGCCAGUGAGAAGAAACCACCCUCAGGCCUCUCCCGAAGUUCAUAUCUGCACCGAGCCAACAGCAUCAAAAACUUGAUUACCAGAUUUUCGGGUCCGGAUCACAACUCUUCUUUUGGCUUGUUACAAAGCACUUCUUCCGGAACAGGACAAGUCCCAAAGUUUGCUUCCAAUUUGGUUCAUCAGUCUUCAAUGUCCAAAUCUAGUCCGUCCAUACCGGCACUCAGCAGACAAGACGAGAGUCUGGUUCCUAGCAUUACAGUGACUCCUGCGUUCAGGGCAACCAACAACACUAGUCAGAUAACAGCGAGAAUCGACUGUCCAGCAGGAGGCAGCACUGAGAAGAAUGAUUCAGAAGCAAGAAGCAAAACACAAACCACAGACUCUUGUAGAGACUCUGUGGCCGACUCUGGCAUGGGAUCGGAGUCUGAACUCGAUUUAAACAAGCAGCUGGACAGCCCGUCAGAGGAUGAGCCCAUCACACCCCGAUCCACAACAACCAUGCAGAACCCAAAAUAUCAGCUGUUCCUCAACAACGAGCUGAAGACCAACGGGUUGAGUAGCAGGGAUGCAGAUGGUCCAGGAGGCGGAGGGUCAGUGGGAGAGAACGGCCCCAGGCUGGCCCGAUGGGAGACCUCCCGGCCAAGGGACAACCACUACCGAGGGUCUCUAGAGUCCCUGGCCUCACGGGACUGGGACACUAUGUCUGAUCGGAUGGGUUUUGUUGACAGCCCUCCUAGAGUGUUCAACAGUCCCUACUCCUCAGCCCUCUCCGUGGAUUACAACCCCACGUACCGAAUGCCUGACUUCAAGCCACAGGGCGGUCUGUCUCCUGCCACCUCAGAGAUGAACCUGUACACCUUCAACAGUCGCAGCACCAGUCCUGUGCCCCCUGCCACCCUAAUCUCCUCCCGCCCCAGAUUCUCCACCUACGACACCCUAAGGAGGAGGGCUGAGAUCAACACUGUCAACACUGUCAACACUGUGAUACCUGCCACCACCCACUACAGCAUGCGCUCUUCCACUCUGCCCAAUAAGAAAGACUACAUAGAGGAGUUGACCAAACAGCUGCAUGCCUGCCAGAAGCGUAACCAGUUCCUGGAAGCAGAGAGUGUGGAGAUGGAGAAGGAGAGGAACCAGAUCAGGUAUGAGAUGCGCGGCCUGCUGGUGAACAACGAGGACCUGCUGAGGACCAACGCUCAGCUGAACAUCGAGAUGAAGAAGAUGACAGAGCAGAUGGUAGAGAUGGAGAAAGGGAACCAAGCCAUGGGAGAGAAACUCAGAGAGAUGGAGAUUGAGGUGAAGGAGGCCCGGGACGUGAUGGUGGAGGCCAACACUCAGGAGUACGCCUUCAACUUCCUCCAGCAGUCCCUCAAAAACAAGAUCCAGGAUGCUGAGGACAACCUGGAGAAGCAGACGCAGCACGCUAAGACUCUGGCUGAGAAGUUGUGGAUUGCAGAGAGACAGCUGGAGGAGCUUGAGGUCGACAAAGACACCAGAAGCAAGAGGACGUCCGAUCUCAACAUCACCAUCGACAGACUGGAGAUCGAGCUGAGCGAGGCUCUGCAGGUGUCCACACAGUCUGCAGCACAGAUGAGCCUGCAGCAGAAGCUGCGUGAGGAUGCCCAGCUGAGGGUGGAGGAGCUGGAGGAGUCUCUGCUGGAGAAGGACCAGGAGCUGAACAGACUACAGGAUCUCGUGGACAGACUGCAGGGAGAGGUGUCUGGUAAGCUGAUUGAUAAGGAGCGGACACUGGAGGAGGAGAUCCAGCUGAGAGAGAGGAUACAGCUGCAGUGUAAACAGGCGGAGAGGACAGUGGACGACCUCCACAUGGAGCUGCACAGCGCUAACCAGGCUAAAGAAGACCUGUCCAAACAACUCAAACAGGCUCAGGAGAAGUUGAUCGACCUGGAGACUGAUCUGGAGGAGCUGCAGGACAGCGAGCAGAGAUGGGCCGCCAAGCACAAGAGAGCUAUCGAACAGACGGAGCAACUGCAGCUGAAACUGAUUCAGCAGAAAGAUCUGAACGAGCAGCUGGAAUGUGACAAGGGUUCACUGGAGAGACAGCUCCGUGAGCAGCGUAUGGAGGUGGAGGAGCUUCAGAGCUCCAAAGUUCAAGAGGAUGCCAUCUCCAAGGCAGAGGGCAAAGUCAAAGAACUGGAGAACACUCUGAGGACUGAGGAGAGGAACAAAGCAGUUCUGACAAACACCAUCAGUAAACUGGAGAGGAAGAUCAAGGAGAUGAGCGAUCAGAUGGAGGAGGAGCACAGGAUAGCUACUGAACAGAAAGACCUGAUGACCCAGAGGAUGCGCUCCCUGAAGCGUCAGCUGAACGAGGCGGAGGAGGAGGUGAGCAGGAAGGAGGCGCAGUACCGCCACACCCAGAGAGAGCUGGCCGAGGAGAGAGAGAACAGCGGGCGUCUGCAGAGGCAGCUGCUCGACCAACACCUGCAGUCAAAGCGUAAGGAGACUCUGUCAAUCCGUCAGACUCUGGAUAACCUGAGGUUUGACCUCAGCGUCGACGACGAAGAUGAAGAUCAGCCGCCGAGGGAGCAAACAAGCCCCUCGUCCACAGCGUAAACCGUCACACUCCACCGUCCCUCACUAUAAAACAAGUGUGUGUGCCAGCGUGUACAGUUUUUAAAAAGCAUAAAACAGGCUACAUCUUUACACUGACAGUGCAGAGAGGAUGUGCUCACAUGUAACUUUUUUUUUUAACACAUCACCACUAUUUUAUAUCAUGUUAAUACACAAGAAAGGUCUGCAAGUUGCAUAAGAGAGACAUUUUUCUUUCAGUA